AUGGCCGAUAUUGAAAAAUAUCUCACAUACGAUGGGCGCAUCGCGUCCUUUCGCAAAACCACCAAGAAGCGCGGAUCGACCGCCGGGCGCGGCGCGAAACCGCUGAACUGGCCGCACAAGCAAAUCACACCUGCGAGCCUCGCAACAGCAGGUUUCUAUUUCAACCCGAGCCCCGAGAAUCCCGACAACUGCACUUGCUUCUUUUGCCAAAAGGGUCUUGAUGGGUGGGAGGCAGGCGAUGAUCCACUGAUAGAACACUUAACACACGCGUCACACUGCGGAUGGGCCAUCACUAAAGCCAUUGAAGCCGAAAUUGAGGAAUUCUCCAAGCAGGACCCGACGCUACCUCACAUGGUAGAGGCUCGAGAAGCUACGUUUGGUUCCAGAUGGCCCCAUGAAGGCAAGGACGGUUGGCAGUGCAAAACGAAGCAGCUUGUUGAGUCAGGAUGGGUCUACACGCCAACAGAUGAAUCUGAUGACAUGGCAACAUGCAUGUAUUGUCAACUAGCACUGGAUGGCUGGGAACCUGAAGACAAGCCCUACGACGAACACUAUAAGCGCUCACCGAACUGUGCCUUCUUUCUACUGUCGAGCGAACCCGAGCCCGAGCCCGCACCGAAGAAGACUGCUCGCGGCAAAGCGGCCAGAGCAUCAAAAGCGUCCCGAGCGUCCACACAAUCAGUGCAAUCUGUUUCUACGGCAGCCUCCGAAGCUAUUGCUAUUGAAGAAGCGGCCGAACCGGAGGACAGUGUUCUCACUACCGCGUCAAUGGCACAAGGCAAGAAACCUCGGGCAAAGAAGGCCACAGCCAAGGCCGCAAAAGGUGGCAGAAAGAAAACUAAGAAAGAGGCGACUCCUGUUGAUGAUGCCAGCGAUGCUGAGGACGAGGGCGAAGUCCUCAGCAAGCCGCCACCCGUCAAAUCAACACGCGGCCGCAAGCGAGGGAGUGAGGCAAUUGAUGAUUCAAUGAUGAGCACGGCUAGUGUGCCGGCGACCAAGAAGCGAGCAGCCAAGGUACGCGCCAGCGCAGCUGAAUCAUCUAUUGCAUCCGAGGACACCGCUGUGCCUGAUGCUCCUGCCCCCUCUAAAGCCAAAGGCGGCCGUCAGUCGAAAGCUCGCAAGGCAUCCGAAGCGGUAUCGAUAGCAAACACUUCCAUUGUUUCUCUCUGCAUCACAGCAGAAACCUUCCCGGAUGAUGACGAGAUCGAGAGACAACUCGAGGCGGAUCUCGAGCGCCAGCUUACUGAAGACGAGUUUGUAUAUGAAUAUCGACGCCCAGUAACUCAGUUGGAUGCAAAGCCAGCAAGCGGGACGCCUCCGAAGUCGGCUGCUUAUAGAAUGCUUGAUCCGGAGCCAUCAGAAGCAGACGAGGCCGACGUUGAGGGCGAGCUGAAAAAGCUCCAAAAUGAAAUGGAGGUUGAUGGGCCGGUCAAGGAGCUGAAGGUUGCGAAAAAAGGUCGCAAGGCAGCUGGUACACGGAAGGUGUCAAAGCAGACCAAAGCUAAGAAGAAGGCAAAGGAGCCGUCUCCUCCUCCUCCCUCGCCCUCUCCCCCGCCUCCGCCGCCCGUCCAAUCCAUCGAGAGUGAAGUGGAAGAGGACGACCACCAGAGUGUUGUUAGUACUGAUACCGUGGUGAAGAAUAUCGACUCUGUUGACUCGAUGACCGAGAAACGGGGCCAAACGAAGAUUAGGGAAUCCUCUGUCGCUUCUGAAGACUCUGUUGAUGCGAUCUCCUAUAUGGAGCCAAAUGAGACUCCAGCUAAAGAUGGACUUGUACCAGAGGAGACUGAGCAGUCUCCAGAGCCCUCACCAACACCAUCGCCUGGACCGGACGCUCAGUUGACGAGCGAAGCACACCACGCAGCUGAUAUGAAUAAUGAUGACGAUCUACUUGCGACGGACGAUGAUCUGCAGAUCGCAGAGGACCCUGUCGAGGCUGCUACAUCGCCGAUAGCAACUUCGGUGGCAGAGCCACCGUCUACGCCUGGGCAAAAGAUAUCGCCUGCCUCCUCUGCGAAGCAAGCGGCAGUCUCACCCUCACCCUCGCCUCAGUCGUCUGACGCUGAGAACCGGCCGCCAUCUUCCAGGCCCAGCACAUCGACGAAGCGUAUUGCUCUGGCACCGCUUGCUCCAACCCCCUCCCAGAUGUCGCCUUCAAAGCGCAACGUCAUUGCGGGGUUGCAGAGCACGACACCGUGGUCAGCAGCCAAUCUGGAUGCCAUCUUUGGCACUCCCAAGGUAGGGGCAGACAAGGAGAAUGGCAUGGAACGGCUGCUCAAACAAGGCAAGGAGUUGAGCAGCCCUGAGAAACAAAUGACGGUGGAAGAGUGGAUCCAGUUUAACGCAGGGGAGGCAGAGAAGAAGCUCAAGCAUGAAUGUGAGCAGAUGGUGAAUCUGUUCGAGAAUGAGGGUACAAGAGCCAUGAAUGUGCUCGAAAGCCUGUCGGUUGAGUAA